AUGGGCGGGGAGGUGCUGUCCGGCCUGGGGGCCCUGCGGCGAAGAAAGCGGCUGCUGGAGCAGGAGAAGUGGCUGGCGGGCUGGGCACUGGCCCUGGCGGGAGCUGGCAUUGGGCUCAUGGUCCUGCACGCAGAGAUGCUGUGGUUCGGGGGCUGCCCGUGGGCGCUUUACCUGUUCCUUGUGAAAUGUGCCAUCAGUGUGUCCACCUUUCUGCUUCUGUGCUUCAUCCUGGCCUUUCAUGCCAAGGAGGUCCAGCUAUUCAUGACGGACAACGGGCUCCGGGACUGGCGCGUGGCGCUGACCGGUCGGCAGGUGGCCCAGAUCGUGCUGGAGCUGGCCGUGUGUGGCCUGCACCCCGCACCGGUUCGGGGCCCACCCUGUGCACUCCGGGCCACCGAGGACUCCUGGCCCGGCUUCCUGGACCAGGGCGAGGCGCUGCUGUCGCUGGCGAUGCUGCUGCGCCUCUACCUGGUACCCAGGGCCGUGCUCCUGCGCAGCGGGGUCCUGCUCAACGCAUCCUACCGCAGCAUCGGUGCCCUCAACCAGGUCCGCUUUCGCCACUGGUUCGUGGCCAAGCUGUACAUGAACACACACCCGGGCCGCUUGCUGCUGUGUCUCACCCUGGGCCUCUGGCUCACCACCGCCUGGGUGUUGUCGGUGGCUGAGAGGCAGACCGUUAAUGCCACCGGCCACCUUUCCGACACGCUGUGGCUGAUCCCCAUCACGUUCCUGACCAUCGGCUAUGGGGAUGUGGUGCCAGGCACCAUGUGGGGCAAAAUCGUCUGUCUGUGUACCGGGGUCAUGGGCGUCUGCUGCACGGCCCUGCUGGUGGCUGUGGUGGCCCGGAAGCUGGAGUUCAACAAGGCAGAGAAGCAUGUACACAACUUCAUGCUGGACAUUCAAUACGCCAAGGAGAUGAAGGAGUCAGCAGCCCGUGUGCUGCAGGAGGCCUGGCUGUUCUACAAACACACGCGCAGGAAGGACGCAGGCUCUGCCCGCAGACACCAGCGCAGGCUGCUGGCCGCUAUCAACACAUUCCGACAGGUGCGGUUAAAGCACCGGAAGCUCCGGGAACAAGUGAACUCUAUGGUGGACAUCUCCAAGAUGCACAUGAUCCUGUGCGACCUGCAGUUGAGUCUCAGCAGCUCCCACCGCGCCCUGGAGAAGCGCAUUGACGCACUGGCCGUGAAGCUGGACGUGCUGAGUGAACUGCUCAGCUCUGCCCUGAAGACGCAGCAACUUCCAGAAGCCACCCAGGACGCCACGUAGCUGUGCAGGACUUGCAAAAGAAGACCCUGGAUGGAGAUCCU